AUAAAUACCUAUCAAUUUCACCAAAAAUCAAAGCACAGAAAACCCAAAGAAUCAAGAGUAACAAACCCAAGAUCUUGUCCAUGGCAUCAAAUUCAAUCAAGCUAUCCCUCAUUUUGCUUCUAACAAUUUUCAUAACCUCAAAGGCUGAACUAGGCCAAAUUAAAGAAACAAACAUGACACUCUAUUUUCAAGAUUGGUCCGGUGGACCAAAUGCCACAGUGCUACAAAUAACAGGCCAUCAAGAUGGUCCCCUAAGUUUUGCUAAAUUUGGUUCAGUGUUUGUUACUGAUGAUCCAAUAACAGAAGCCUUUGAUAAGAACUCGGCAGAAAUUGCUAGAGCACAGGGCAUAUAUGUUACUUCUGCAUUGGAUGGCAAAAUUUCUCAUGUGCUAAUAUCAAUUAUUUUCACUAAUGAAGAAUAUAAAGGGAGUACUUUGGAAAUACAAGGUGCUAGUCCUCAGUUUGAGAGAGUAAGAGAAGUGGCUGUGGUUGGUGGUACAGGAAAAUUUAGAAUUGCUCGUGGAUAUGCAACUUUUGAGACUAUUCACUUUGAUUUGGCCGCUCAUUAUGUUGUUAUUCAGUGUAAUAUUACAAUUUUACAUUACUGAUUGGGGGAUUAACUAUGAUAAUAGUCCAUCAGGAUAAAGUCAAAUUGUAUAUGUGAUUUGUUUUCCAAGUUGAUUUGUCUGUGUAAAGGCUAGCACAUAAUAAAUAAAUGCUGUUUAUAAUGAUAA